UACUCCCUGGAUUGCUGCUUAGGCCAACAGAUGAUCUAUGCCCUCUUAUCUUAUUAAUGCAUGAUCGUGCUGCUGGCUCUGAGGAAACCCGGAUCUACUUUACGCGGUUCUAGGAGAUGAGGGGAGGGACAGGAGUGACGUGGAAUCCUGCCUCACACUCCUGCCAUGGCUGCAACGGUGUGGACUGAUCGAGGCCGGAAAGCCGUGACUGUUUUGGGGACAGUGACCCGAUCCACAUUCACGCACACCGCGUUAAAACCCCAGUAUGACGCACUGGUCAUCGGAGGAGGACACAAUGGUCUGGUGGCAGCUGCUUAUCUUCAGAAGGGAGGACUGCAGACAGCCGUGCUGGAGCGCAGGCAUGUGCUGGGAGGAGCGGCUGUUUCAGAGGAAAUCUUCCCUGGUUUCCACUUCUCCAGGUGCUCCUAUUUGCUCAGUCUAUUAAGACCCCACAUAUAUGCAGACUUGGAGCUCAGGAAACAUGGGCUGAAGGUGUAUAUGAGGGACCCCCAUGCUUUCACCCCCAUGUUGGAGGAGGGGGUGAGAGGUGCCCCGCCAAGGUCUCUAACCCUGGGCUCAGAUAUGGCCAUGAACCAGAGGGAGAUCGGCAAGUUCUCACAGAAGGAUGCUAAGGCUUUCCCAGAUUUUGUUGCACACCUUGAGAAGCUAGCAGAGGCUAUCCACCCUCUUCUGGAUGCUCCUCCUGUAGACAUCCCAGGCGUUACGGCUGGAUCACUGAGGAAGAGGCUGGCUGCAGCUAAAACCCUGAUGCCUGUUGUCAAAUGCGGUCUGAAACUGGGCACAAACAUUCCAGACUUUUAUGAGAUUAUAACUGCACCAAUAAUGAAGAUCCUCAAUCGUUGGUUUGAGUCGGAGCCACUGAAUGCAACACUGGCUACUGAUGCUGUGAUAGGAGCCAUGACCAGUCCAAGUAAUCCUGGCAGUGGGUAUGUGCUCUUGCACCAUGUGAUGGGGGAGUUGGAGAAGGAGAAGGGAGCAUGGGGUUAUGUGGAAGGAGGCAUGGGAGGCGUUUCCCAGGCUAUCGCUAGCUCUGCUCGAUCCCAUGGUGUCGAAAUCUUCACUGAGAAGGAUGUGGGACAAGUCCUGGUUGGUUCAGAUGGUGCUGCUAAGGGAGUGGUGCUGAAGGAUGGCACAGAGAUUCAAAGUAAGGUGGUUUUAUCGAAUGCCACCCCACAUGUUACCUUCAAGAACCUCACGCCACAGGCUGCCCUCGCUCCAGAGUUCAUCAAAGCCAUAGAUCAGAUUGACUACACCUCACCUGUUACCAAGAUCAAUGUGGCAGUGGACAAGUUACCAAACUUCCUAGCGUCUCCAACACCAGAUGGUAAACCCGGACCCCACCAUCAGUGCUCCAUUCAUCUCAACUGUGAAAGUGUGGGGGUACUGGAGACCGCAUACAAAGAGGCCAUGAAUGGACGUCCCUCAGCAAGGCCCAUGCUGGAGAUGACCAUCCCCUCUGUGUUGGAUCCUACUCUGGCUCCCCCUGGCUGCCACGUGGUAUCACUGUUCACCCAAUUCACCCCCUACCACAUAGAAGGCAGGGAGUGGACGAACCAGGACAGAGAGGCAUUCGCAGACACUGCAUUUGAUUGGGUGGAACAAUACGCCCCUGGGUUCAAAAAGUCGGUUGUGGGAAGGGACAUCCUGGCCCCGCCUGACCUGGAGAGGAUCUUUGGGCUCACUGGAGGGAAUAUCUUCCAUGGAUCGAUGUCACUGGACCAGCUCUACCUAGCACGACCUUUGCCCUCUCUCUCAAACUACCGCUCACCAAUUAAAGGGCUGUAUCUGUGUGGCAGCGGCUGUCAUCCAGGAGGCGGUGUAAUGGGUUCUCCCGGCUGGAAUGCGGCACUCACCGCCAUGGCUGACCUGAAACGACGCUGAAACAUCUGACAACAUCAGCGUGUGGUCUGCUCAUUGAUGUCCAUCAGUCGUGUAAAUUUGGCUGAUUUUGAGCCAUAAAUUUCAUCACUCUGCAAAUCUAUCUGAUCGGCACUCUUCACCACAAAGGAUGUUGUGUAUCCUGUUUAUAAGGGUAUCUGAAAAAAAAGAAAGAGGCUAAAUGUUAAUAACUCACAUGGGAUGUAAGAGACAAAGAGAGACUCAAUCAAAGAGGCUGUCAGGCUCUUUAUAGGCCGUCCAGGGAAAAGCUGAAUAUCACUCUUAAUGUAAUAUUGCUGCACAAAAUCUUGUUGUGACAUUACUUUUUAAGGCAUGCGGACAAAUUCCUUCUUAGAAUAACUGAUACUUGUCUUAUUGAAAUGAACUCAAACUGUUUAAUGAUGGAAAUGAUGCACGAUGGGACUUUUUAUAACUUUUUACAAAUAAAUUCAGUUAAAUGUGCUUUAUUUUCUUUAAACCGUGCAUGCUGAUUAGUGGUGUGUCAUUACGUUGUGUGGAAUUGAUAUAAAAUUUUUUAGAUGUGUAACCAGGGAGUCUUUCGUACAGCAGAUAUUUUGACUUGUCAUGGUAGGAAAACACAGGCGUUACUAAUAACAUUAAGGAUAGCUUUGCUCUAAUCAAGUGUCCCAGUAAGUGUCAGAACCUUGAACUUAAAGCAGCCACAAGUUGUUGCAUGUAAUCAUGAAGCAACAAUUCAAUUAAUGUCAGUGAUUGUUUAAUUGAAUGUGGCUGAAAGAUUAGCACUUUGAUAGAAAACCAUUACUUUAAUAUUUAUUCUACUGAUAGGGUUAGUUCAAGGAUUAACAUAAUUGUGGGGUAACCAAACUGGUUUCUCCUCUAAUAAUAAGUGUCUGUUUAUCUAGAAUGACAAUAAAUACCUUACAGAGCAUAAAGACUUUAAAAAAGAGCUUGAAACUUUAUGGUAACUAGUAGUGUGCAAAAAAAAAAAAAAAAAUCUCAACUCAAUUAUCCUAGAUUUCUCCUGUACCCUUGUAAACUUGACAAAAAGCUCAAAGGGUGUUAAGAUUUUACUUAUUUUAAUUGAUUUUAUUGUCAAGCCCUACGCAAUAGCUGUGCACAGUGUAAUUGUAUCCAGCCUGUGAGAUUCCUUUAUUUCCAUAUUCCUGCGUUUUUGUUAGUUGUGAUAAACAUGGGUUA